AUGGCUGCUUCGAGAAGCACCCUGCGGGUGGAUUUCUCGAAGCUCCCCAAAAGGCCGUCCUUGAUGGAGGCCACAACCCUCGCCAUGACCAAGCUGGGUCUAAGCAGCUCUUCAAUCGUUUCAAUCCGGACGAAGCCGGCAUCCCACUUCCUUCACAUCCGAGUGAAGGACCAGAGCCUUGCUCUAAGAACCGUCGAGGAGAACGACGGCAAGCAUUCUCUCGAAUGCGACGGGAAGAAAUUCCCGAUCCCGAUCGUAAUGGUCGACAAUUCCGUGGUCAUCAAAAUCCACGACCUGUCCGAGGACAUCACGGACAGAUGCAUUACGGAUUUCUUUGCUCGCUACGGAGAAGUCCGGUCAAUCCGAGCCGGAGUAUGGGCGAAGCCAUACCCGUGUGCCGGAAUCCCUGACGGAUACCGCUACGUCACAGCGGUCUUGUCUAAGCCGGUGCCGUCAUACGUCUCGAUUGGAGGGGAAGAGACGCUGAUAACAUACCGGGGACAGCAGCAAACGUGUCGAACAUGCCGUCUUGCUGCACACCAUGGGAUGACCUGCACCCAAGGCAGGAAACUGGUGGCUCAGAAGACGAGCGUCAACGAGAGGCUGUCGUAUGCCUCAGCGGUGCAGAAUGGCACCGAAAACCCUGCUCCAGCAACAGUCCCCCGGGCGAGCACACAAACCGUCCGUGCACCGACCGACCCGGUGAGCACACCGACCGUUCCGGCAAGCACAAUGCUCAUCCCAUCGAGCACACCGAUCAUCCCGGCGCCCGCAUCGACCGUCCCGGAGAGCGCACCGGCCGUCCGCGCACCGACAGUCCCGACGAGCACAUCGACCGUCGCGGCGAGCACAUCGACCGUCGCGGCGAGCGCACCGGCCGGUGCUUCGAGUCUGACAAUAGGCGCACCAGCAACGAUCAUCCCGAUGCAGGCCACUAGCGUUGCGGCUAGUACACGGACCGUCCCGGCAGUAGCAUCUUUCAUCCGGGCAAGUGCGUUGACCGUACCGGCAGCAUCGACCAGCACCAAGAUGGACAACGCCGGACUUCAGGUGGACGCCGAUGCCUCAUCGACGUUCAAAGCCCCUCGUGUCCCUUCACCUUCCGCUACACCUUCAUCCCUUUCCUGGCAAACAGUGGCAGGUAAGAGAAAGACGGACGAACAGACGGACAGCGACGUGUCGUGCAAGUCUGGGGAGGAACCGAUCAAGCGUAAGCCAGGUCGUCCUCCCAAAAAGACCAAUGCCACGGCAGCGAAACCGACUGGGGUAAUGGAAGUGGACGCAUACUUGGACUCACGACUAAUCUGCGUCCGGCUUGAGAAUUCUUCCACGCUAUGCAACAUUUACGCUCCUUCGGGAAGUCAAAACAGAGCUGAGCGGGAACUCUUUUUCAACCGCUCGUUGGCGUACUACCUGCGGAAUGCACCGGGACCGGUCAUCCUUGCAGGGGACUUCAACUGCGUGCUGAAGUCCAAGGACGCCACGGGUAUGGGGAAUACGAGUCUCACUUUGCAAAACUUUGUUGACAGUAUGCAGUUGUGUGACAGCUGGGAGGCUCUCAAAGGAAACUUUGUAGAGUUCUCUCACAUCACACGUGGUUCGGGCUCUCGCAUCGAUCGCUGCUACGUCUCUAAGGACAUGAAGGAUCAACUGCGUGCAACAGACAUGCACGUAUUGUCUUUCUCGGACCAUAAGGCGCUCACGGUGCGCAUCUGCCUUCCAAACAUACCUCGCAUGCGGCAAAAUGGAUACUGGCAACUUCGGCCACAUAUCUUGACAGCCGAAAACAUGGAGGAGUUUAGAUGCUUGGCCACCGCUAAUAAUCAUCAAUUACCAGCAGCAUCAUCGGCGUCACCACCGACGGUGGAGGUGCUCGAGGAAGCCACAGUCUCGCGAGUGACGGAGGGCGGUACUGAAGGGGCACAACAAUUAGUAGACAAUAAAAUCCACGACAAACUGCAGCAACAUCGCGUCGCCGAGCGUCAGAAGCGGGAAGAUGUUUUUAGCGAUAAUGUUCUUACAAAUAAUUACGCGCCCCACGACGACAAGCGCUGGCGUGGGCAGGAAGUGCUGGAUGGCGACUUACAGGAACCCCAGAUAACGGAAGAGGUCCUGCUCGUCAGCAACCUGACCGAGGAGCGGCUGCGCGAGGAGAACGAGCUGCUGGAGCAUCUCAAUCGAGACCGGUUUCACGGCAGCUCAAUCAAACUGGACAGCAGCAGGAGCAGUAGCGUCGAUGGUGAAGGCACCGACGCCCAGGAAACGCGGAAUAGCCCCAAACGGGGCGGCAAAAAAGGUCGCCGACGAAAAGGAGCCCACAAGAAGCACAAGCACAAGAAGAUCAAGCUGCUUCCGGUGACGCUCGUCGGCGUGCCGGUGGACGAAGACGGCGAGCCGGACGCGAGCAUCAUCGAGGGUCUGACGGGCGGUGCCGAGGGUCGCUGGCUGAAGCUUCCCGCUGACUCUCGGGAUGUCGCGGCACAGGAUGUGGCAUCCGGUGCCGAGGACAAUCCGACGGAAAUCCGGCAAAUCGCGCGCCCACAGGUCCCGCCCGGCUCGGUGGAGGUGGUGGACGUAUGGAAGGAAACGACAAUGCCACCGGCACCGCCCUCAACCACCACAGGGAGGAUCAAAGCGGGGAAAAAGGGGACACCCGGGCAGCGACCUCCGUUCGUCGCGUUUCCGCCUCCGCCGGUGCUGGUCGGAGACGGUGGUCACCUGGUGUUUGGGAGUGCGGACGGAAGCCCUCCGGCUAUGCAAAUUCUUCCCACGGUGAACCCGAACCCGAGGAACGCGCAGACCGAGCAGCAACAGCGCCAAUGGGAACGCGAUCAGAGGAAACGCGAUAAUCAACAGCGGAAGCAAUUAAAGAAAGCAAACGGUCAGCGGAAAAUGCCGGGCCCACCGCUGCCACCACCGCCUCCCAGCGUGACGGCGUCCAGCGCCAACACGGUUACCUUCCCGGCAGACGACCACAACGGCACGGAGACGGUGUCCGUGACGCGCGUCAUCAUCUCGGGCGACCUGUCCUGCAUGAAGGACGACUUCAUCCCGGCUCCGGUCGUUGCCAACGCUGACAUCAAAUAUUUGCGUAAUGAUCUGUACGGCCUGGAAAACUCCUUCCUGGAGGCGGAAUACCACUGCCGGCUGGGUUACCGCCUCAGGACGAAGGAUGGUGGCGGUGGUACGGACCAACCUCCGGUCACCUCGACCGGUGCCAUCGCCAACGCCAACCUGGUCUGCCGCCGAUUACGCUGGAUCGGCAAACGGCCUGCCUGUGUGCGGAUCAAGACGAGGCCGGCGGCGCAGGGGGGCAAAGAGGGCGGUUCCUGCGGAAAGGACCAUCGGUGUCCGCAGGCCUGCCAUCGGGUGCCGGUACCGGGCGAGGGUUCCCAGGCCAACGGUGGGUCGAACCGCACCACGGUCUGCUCCUGCUACAAAGGAUUUAAAAUGGUCAACCAUCGGUGUGUAGACAUCAACGAGUGCAGCGAGUAUGGGGACGACGUCUGCGAGUACGGCUGCUCCAACACGAUCGGUUCGUUUACAUGCAAAUGCCCCCGAGGACUGCGAGUUACUGACAAUAAUAAAUGCAUGGACGUCAACGAGUGCCUGCUGCGGAACGGUCACGGGCCGUGCCAAGAUACGUGCAUCAACACGUGGAGCAGCUACCGGUGCACGUGCGACGGCCUGCCCGGCACUCGGCUCGCACCGGACGGUCACAGCUGCGAGGACAUCGACGAGUGUACGGUCGGUAACGGUGGAUGCUCACACACCUGCCUCAACACGCUCGGGCGCGCGUUCUGCGUCUGCCCCGAGGGCUACAUGCUGGACGAGGACUGGAAGACGUGUGUGGAUGUGGACGAGUGCGCCAACCAGCACUCGAUACCGCGCGAACACCGUUGUCCGGGCCGGUGCGUUAAUACGGUCGGAUCGUUCCGGUGUGAGAUGGGCGGGCAGGAAGCGGACAACCCCGAGGCGGACGGUGGACAGCUGCGGGAGGCUGACGGCGGUGAGGAUGACCAAUACGAACAGCCGGACUACGAUUCGCUCUGCCCGACGGGAUACCAUUUCAACACGACGAUGGGUGACUGCCAAGACACCAAUGAAUGUAGCGUCGCGAACGGCGGAUGUCAGCAACACUGUAUCAACAGUGACGGAAGCCACUACUGCUCCUGCAAGUACGGCUUCAAACUGGACCUGGACAAGCGCUCCUGCCUGGUGCUGAAUGAUUCUCUGAAGCUUGCGGAUGUAGCUUGUCCGCCACUGUUCCCGCCCCGCCACGGUUACCUCGAGUGCAGCCGACCGAUCGACGAGAUUGCGGACGGCCCGAGCGGCGGCAGCCUCAAAAUUACCAACCGGCCCGGCAGCCAGUGCAUCCUGAAGUGCCCGACCGGGUACCGGCCCGAGGGCAAGUUCUCGAAAAUCUGCGGCACCACGGGCGAAUGGAUUGGCGAUGACAAUGGCACCUGCAUACGCUAUCCACAGCCGAAGCUAAUCUGCCCGACGAGCGUCAACGUGGAGCUGCACGAGAACGAAACCGAAAGCACGACGGUUCACUUGAGGCGACCCGAAACGGACGUCAGCUGGGAGCGAGAUAUUUUGGCGGAACCGUACUGGGCGAAGAAGGACAGUUUCCCAUUGCCCCUCGGCAGCCUCAAUGUCACCUUUUCGGCUAGGCAUCCCGUCUCGAAGCUGCGAACCGAUUGCACGUUCCUCGUCAACGUUUUGCCUGGUUCUCCUCCACGGGUAGAUUUUUGUCCCGACACGCAGGUCUACACGAUCGAGGGCCGACAUCAGAGCGUGAAGGCGACGUGGGAGGAGCCCGUCUUCUCCGAUAAUGUCGGUGUAGUCACGAUCACCAAAUCCAAUAGUCCCGGAACGGACUUCGGUGCCGGCAGCCAUCUGAUCACGUACGAAGCGCACGACGAGGCUCAAUGGAAGAGCAAGUGCGUCUUCAAGAUCGUCGUGAACCUGAACCCUCAACAGCAACAGCAACAGCAACAACAGCAGCAACAACAGCAGCAAAGUGGUGGCCAACAGUCGCACUUUCAGCUUCCGAUACUGUACAAUCGGUUCUACUUCUAAGGUGAGUCCGCGUUCGGCGAAAGGGCCAACGAAUGAUUCCUUCCACACACACGCACACAGCGACAGGAGAGGAAUGCAACCGGAGCGCUUGCAUAUCGCUCGAUCGGGGUUCGAAGCCAAAUGUGACUGGCAACACCGGUUUUGCAUCGGCACACAGCACCGAUGCUAGGAGGCAAACGUGGAAAACAAUAAGAAGAUUUUAGAUUUUAAUGACUUAGGGCGUGAAAAGACGAAAACAGAACCAGAUGUAGCGUGCAGCUUGUGUGGUAGAGGAAAGUAGGACUUUUCCGGGGAGCUUUGGCUUAAUGGGAAAAAAGAAACCGGGUGGCACAUUGGAUCCCUCUUUCUUGGAUGCUUUUUUUUGUCAUCCCCUUCCAUAGGGGUGAUGAGAGAAUAUACAUAUACACUUAUAUCAACACGUACAUAUACAAAGGAAGCGUAAGCAGAUGGGAAGGAGUUGAACUGCACCAACAGUUGGUGAGAUUUUCAUUAGGAGGUGGAACUCGAGGCAGUUCUUUGAAAACGAGAUGAAUGGCAAACAAAAGAUGAACAGACACAUCAGACAACCCGGCAAAACCGAUAAAGAUCGGUGAUGAUAUUGUAAAUAAUCUCAUUGGCAAGCGCCAACGGAAACAUACUCCGUUUGGAGUGAUAAUGGAAAAGGGAAAGGAUAAGAAAAACGUAAAAACAAUAAGAUAUGGAGUAAAUUAAGUGUAAGUAUUUCAAAAUGCAACAAAAAAAAACAGAAAACACAUACACAAAUAAGAGGAAAGAACCGAGCAAAGUGACAUAUUUUCUGACCCGUAACGCGUAAGCUCUAGAGCAGACUAGAAAAGGUGGUUUUAAUUUGCCAAUGCAGUAAAUGAGCAACUUGAACCAAACGUAGAAAUAUUGUAUUCAAAUCCCUCCCCCCUCCCCCUCAUCCCCUCCCACGAUCCUCUUCCCUAGCGGUAAAGCUUGCAUUUGUAGGGUGCAGCUUUUGCGGUUUGCGGUUCUGAAUGUACAAUAGAGGUGAGCAUUUCUUCCCAAAAACAUUCCCAAUCCCCGGAAGCCACCUUCGGAACUGAGUCCUUCAUUCGGAUGGCCGAUGGAUGGCCUUUUCCGUUGGGAUCGUGGUUGCAGUUUGGCGAUACGAACCCGAUGGUCAACCAAUAAAGAGUAGAAGCAAAUGAGCUGCAACCGAAGGUUCUGAAGAAGGCAUUCAAAUCAAUAUCAAUA